AUGGUCCGGGUUGGUCUGUUGGCACAGGGCGUUCUCUUUCUUUCCGGCGUCUUCGCCCAGAGAACCGUCGUUGACCUUGGGUACACCCGAUACAAGGGUCAACCACUUCCUAAUGGCAUCGUCCAAUGGCUGGGGAUGCGCUAUGCUGCUCCCCCCGUAGGCCCGUUGCGCUUUUCCGCGCCCCAGGAUCCGGAGGAAGUCGGUGGGGUUCAGGAUGCAUUCCAGCACGGUCCGCUGUGUAUCCCAACUGUGACCGAGGAAGAAGUGUUCCCCGAGGGAACCUCGGAAGAUUGCCUCUUCAUCAAUGUCCAGGCUCCUCGGAACAUAUCCAGACCGUUGCCCGUGUACUUCUGGAUCGAAGGUGGUGGCUUUAAUGAAAAUUCACAGGCUGACUACGACGCAUCGGGCUUGAUCCAUGCCUCCCACAUGGGCAUCGUUGUGGUCACAUUUAACUAUCGUGUUGGCCCGUAUGGUUUCUUGGCCGGAAAGGAGGUUGAAAAAGGAGGAAGUGUGAACAACGGCCUAAAGGACCAGAUCAAAGCCCUGCAGUGGGUCCAGAAACACAUCCGCAAGUUCGGCGGCGAUCCCAACCAUGUGGUUCUUGGCGGCGUCAGUGCCGGUGCUGCGUCGAUCACGCUUCUCCUCUCGGCGCAUGGCGGGAGAGACGACGGCCUUUUCCAUGCGGCUGCCGCAGAAUCCCAGAGUUUUGCUGGCAUGCUGACCGUGAAAGAAAGCCAAUUCGCGUACAAUAACCUCGUGAUCCGUACCGGCUGCGCGAGCGAGGAGGAUACCCUAGCAUGCUUGCGCAACCUGGACGUCGGGACUCUUCAAAGUGUCAACAUUAACACUCCUCUACCUAAAGCGCAAGAGGCACCGCUCUAUAUGUACGGACCGGUUGUUGAUGGGACGCUCGUUCCUGACUAUACGUAUCGCCUCUUCCACAAGGGAAAAUUCAUCAAGGUCCCAGUCAUCUUCGGCGAUGUCACUGAUGAAGGCACUGUCUUCGCCCCAAAGAAGAUAGCGACUGUUGGUGAGGCAGAUACCUUCUUGCAAAGCCAGUUCCCAGAGAUUCAACUUCGUCACCUUGCUCGUAUCAACGCCAUGUAUCUCCACGAAAACGAGACGCGCCAAUUCCCCGAGGCCGGCCCCUACUGGAUCCCGGCCAGCAACGCGUACGGAGAAAUGCGGUACACCUGCCCUGGAAUGGACAUGUCGUCCGUGUACGCCCGGGCCGGAGUAAAAAGCUGGAACUAUCAUUACGCUGUUCAGGACCCAGACUCGGACGCCGCUGGCGAGGGAACGGCCCACACGCACGAGGUCAACGCCAUAUUCGGUCCGCAGUAUGUGACGGACGAUAAUCCCCCGGCCUCUUACUUCACCACGAACGCGCCCAUCAUUCCGGUCAUGCAAGGCUACUGGACAAGCUUCAUCCGAACAUUCGAUCCAAACCUGUAUCGUCGGCCGGGGACCCCGGAGUGGAAACAGUGGGGCAGAAAUGAUGACCAUCGCCGACUUUUUAUCAGGACUGGCGAGACAGCGAUGGAAGUUGCUCCUUCCGAUCAGGUGAGACGUUGCGACUACCUGAUCAGCAUCGGGGUAGACCUUGCGCAGUGA